UGUUGCAUAGGUAUUUAUGCCGUCCGCCAACGCCAAUUUGAUUUUCCUCUCUUUUUCUCAACUCUCGAUUUCCCCCUUCUGAAUCCACCCCAAUCUUCCUGCCGGGAAGAUUCCGGCGGGUUUCCGCUUCUUCCAUCUCAAGCUUCUCCAAUUCCCUUUUGUUCAUAGCUUCACUGCUUUCUUUUGCUUCCCAAUUCCCCUCCGCCAUGGCAGAGUGGCAAGAGCUUCUCCAGACCCUCUUCAUAGGCCUCAUCUUCUCUUAUCUUGUUGCUAAGUUGAUCUCCAUAGUCGUCUCUUUCAAGGAAGAUAACCUCUACGUCUCCCGUGCUUCCUCCGCCCGAGGAGCUUCCAGAACCAAGCCAAUCGACAACGACCCGGCUGAUGUCGGGUCGGGUUCGGGAGAUUUCGGAUUUGCGAACGAGGCCGACUCCGUGAUCGCGGAGCAUGGGAGUGUCAGGAAUGAGAGUAUAGGUGGGAGUGAAAGCGACGAUGAUGACUGGGAAGGUGUAGAGAGCACGGAAUUGGACGAGCUGUUCAGCGCCGCGACUGCGUUCGUCGCUGCCUCUGCAGCUGAUCGCCUUUCACCCAAGGUAUCCAACGACGUACAGCUGCAGCUUUACGGCUACUACAAAAUCGCCACCGAGGGGCCUUGCAGCACGCCGCAGCCGUCGGCCUUGAAAAUGACAGCUCGGGCUAAGUGGCAAGCAUGGCAGAAAUUAGGUGCUAUGCCUCCUGAAGAAGCAAUGCAAAAAUACAUUGAUAUCGUUACUGAGUUAUAUCCAUCUUGGGUGGCUGGUGCAAGUGUGAAGGGCAAAGAUGGGAAUGUUGAUGCUAGAAGUAAAGAUUCUAAAGGACCAAUGGGGCCAGUCUUCAGCACUUUUGUAUACGAGGAAACUGGAAAUGACUUGGAGCUGGAAGCUAUUCAUGCCUUUGCUAGAGAAGGUGAAUUGGAAAAUUUGCUCAAGUGUGUAGAAAAUGGUGUCUCGGUGAAUACCAAGGAUAGUGAAGGCAGGACACCAUUGCAUUGGGCAGUGGAUCGUGGGCAUUCUAAUGUUGUGGAGCUGCUUGUUAGCAAGAAUGCUGAUAUAGAUGUGAAGGACGUUGAUGGUCAAACUCCGUUGCAUUAUGCCGUUGUUUGCGACAGAGAAGCGAUUGCUGAACAUCUUGUGAAGAACAAUGCCAACAUUAACGAAAAGGACAAUGAUGGAAACUCACCUAGUGCUCUUUGCGAGUCUAACUGGCCUUGCAUGGUCUCUGCAGCAAAGUAGAGAUUGGUAGAAUGGUUUACUUUGUUCAGUGUGGUUUUUUCCUUCUACCUUCUAAUUGAUUAUUUCACACGUUCCUGUUGAAUGUAAAUACUCCCAUGCAUGGCCGCCCUUCCUAACAACUUCAUUAUAUAUAGAUUUGGAGUAUUUACCUUGUUCCA